CCCCUUCCUUCUCUCUCCUUCCCCCCUUCCAGCGGCACCACGCCCGCCCGGGUGGCAUCUCCGUAAUUUCGCCGCCUCUUCGCCGCCGCGGGCGUUGGAGGAGGGGGAGGCAUGGGCAACGCGAGCGGCCGGGAGGAGGACGCCGCGGCCGUGGAGGGCGACGGCGCCGACGUCGAGAACGGCGGCGGGGACUCGUCGGUCCGGUCGUCGGAGCGCGGCUUUCCGCCGUACGGCGGCGGGGGCGCUAACCAAGUGCAGCGCGCAUGCUCGGUGGGCGUCGUUGGGGGUGGCGGCGGCGCCGGAUCGCCGCCCGGGAGCCCCGGCCGCUCCCUCUCGCCGCGGAUGUUCGUGCCCCAGACACCUGUACCACCACUGCAAAGAGCUGCUGAUGUAACCCCAGUGUUCAACCAGAUAUUGAUGAAUGAACAAGAAGAAGAAUACGAUGGUCCCCCUCAAAAGGAAAUUCCUGCUUUAAUCGUGUGGACCCUUGGAGGAAAGAAUGUAUAUGUUGAAGGGUCAUGGGAUAACUGGAAAUCAAGGAAAGCCAUGCAGAAAUCUGGGAAAGAUCACUCUCUUUUGCUGGUCCUCCCAUCUGGAGUUUACCGUUACAGAUUUGUUGUAGAUGGAGAAAGGAGGUGUCUUCCUGAUCUUCCCUGUGAAACUGAUGCCAUGGGCAACGCGGUUAACCUUCUUGAUGUUAAUGAUUUUGUCCCUGAAAGUGUUGAGAGUGUGGCAGAAUUUGAGCCGCCUCCAUCUCCAGAUUCUAGCUACAGUUUCCAGGCACCUGAGGAGAAGGACUUCGCAAAGGAGCCGCCUUCUCUUCCAUCCCAGCUCCAUCUCGGUGUUCUUAACUCACAGAACUCGGAAGAAAGCUGUGCGCGGCCGCAGCACAUAGUCCUCAACCACCUUUUCAUCGAGAAGGGCUGGGGCGCCCAUCCGAUGGUGGCACUUGGUCUAACCCACAGGUUUGAGUCCAAAUAUGUAACGGUCGUCCUGUACAAGCCCAUCGAACGAUAGCAUGAGGUGGAAGCUAAUGCUUGACAACUCACUGCGAGACCAUCAAUGAACAGAAACGAUCGAGGCCUUUCUUCCUGUAAAAGCGCUUUGAGGUUCACGGGUAUUUUCGAUACAUUUGACAGGUUGCAGGACCUUUGGUUGAUGUUGUACAUGCUGCACUAUCAUGGUAUUGGCCUCCUGAUUUUAUAGAGAGCCAAGGAGUCCUUCGUUCCUACGUGUCUGCUUGUCGUUGUUCCCUGCCCCGAGGAAUGAAAUGUGUAGAGACGUCACUGAGAACCGUGGAAAUCCACAGAAAUGUUAGGUGCCACUGUGCCAGAGUUAGAUCUUGUGAUUCCUAGGUUUUUAAUUGUUUUGAACGGUGAUGGUGAUGUUGUUAUGUAAUAAAAUCAGAGGGUUCUGCUCCGUCAGUAUGUUCUGGGCGGAGAUCUUAUCAUUC